AUGGCGUUAGAAAUGUUGGACAAUCAUAAAGAGAAGGGAGUUGCAAAAUUAAAUUUUUUAUAUUAUAAGAACACCAUUAAUUGUUUGAAGAAUACUGGCUUGUGUGAUAGGACAAGAAAAAACAAAAAAGCCAUAGCCAAACAAAUAUCCCGCAUCCUACGCGCGCUCUACUACACCCUCAAGCACGACCUCCUCCCCAAUCUCCAGCUCCGCCUCAUCCCCCACUGCGAGAACCUUAUAGAAUGCCUCUCGUGCCGCUCGAUGGACCCCACCGUCGCCUACUACAGCCCCAGAGAGGUCGAGUUCAGCUGUAGCAACACGCCGAUGGUUAACCGUAGCAAGAGGAAGAGGCGUAGAGGUAAUUUGGGUAUCAGCUUGAGUUCGACGUCGAUGGAGAUGCUGGAGGCUGAGGAUUCGCCAGUUGAGGCGUGGAGGUAUUUGAGGAGUAGUCCGGUGGCGGUAAGGGAGGUGAGAAUUACCGAUUCGCCCUUUCCGAUGAUGGAGGAGGGUGGAAGGGAAAUUGAUGGGGAUGCGGAGGAGUUCAUUAGGAGGUUUUAUGAGCAACUGAGGUUGCAGGCUGUUGGUUGACGGUGGCAGUCUCCUGGUGGUCGUUGUGUUUUAGGGUUUAGGGUUUUGAUUUUGUUUGUAGACUGUUUCUUUACAAUUACCUGAGGGCAGUGUGCUCUUCGCAAGGUUAAUCGGUAUGAUUUUUGGUUUGUUUUUGUGUUUGAGAGUUGAAA